AUGAACAAUGAUCUUGCUCAACGUUUCAAGUUGGAUAGAUCUGUUGGGGAACACCCUGUUUUUAAUGUUGACGAUUUGUACAUUGUAAUCCAUCAUCUUUGGACGAAAGAUACUACGCCUUAUCCGGAUGGUCGGCAAAUUAUCCAGCUCGCUUUCCUGUUGCUUGUCUCGGCUUAUACCGCAAGUCGGCCGGGGGCAUUGGUGUACGUUGAAAAGAACGAGCGGACCAACGCCGAGCACUUCUUUGGAAGUGUGGAUGAUGUUGAUGCUAUUGAAAAGGACACAAUGGAUGAGUGGGAUCUCAGAGACGAAGAUUUAAAGACUCUUUGCUACGGCCAGAUAAGCUUGGUGCUUCUACCAAAUCCUGGUGGUAUCCGGGAUCAUCUCGUCAUGGAAGUCGAUCUCAGACAUACCAAGGGCCAUAAUAAAAAGAAAAAAGUGAAACAGCCGUUCUUCGACAUCGUAGGGCUUGUGGUCGCUAUGGCCUUCCUUGAUGAAGCAUUCGAGAGCAACAUCCGCUCAGUCGAGGACAUUUAUGCUACUCGUGUGAAAUCGCCACGUCGUUCCUUGAAUUUCAAGUUUGUCAAAGAAAAACUCAAUGUGCCCAUCUGUCGUCAGCCUGAAUCAACCUCUUGCGGCGUGAGCACCCAUGAUGUGAAGCCCCUUAGAUACCACACAUAUUUGUAUUAUCUCCAGCUGUUGAGCUUGGCAGUGGGAAAGCCUCGCGCUAUGAAGCCUUACGAGACGCGGCGUGGUGCUGGUGAGGCAGUUGAAAAAACUGCGCCUCUUCCUCUGCUCCAGCAGGUGAUGGGACAUGUAUAUGCCAGUACUUUUCAGACAUAUAUGAACCAGCGUGUUCAGUGUCAUGUCCAAGCCGCAUUUCUUGGGAUACCUUCGGAGGAUGCGUUAAUGAACAUUCUUAGCCAUCAAAGCCGCUAUAUCGACCCUCGAGCUCCUUCUCAUUACGAAGAUUUGUCAGCCACCACGCAAGCUACUUUGUCAACUCACCCUGAAAUAAUUACUCUCCAAGAAAUGCGCGAUACCCUCACCAGAGAAGCUAAAGAGAUGUACGGAUCUUUGAAAAACGCUGCUGGCAGCAAGAUUGGAGAACUCAAAGUCAAGACGGAAGCUGCAUUGCGCGAAUUCUUUGCCACUAUCGAUACCCUUGAGAUAAAUAGCCAGCUUGAUCCGUCACUUUUGGAUAUUGACAAGCAGGCGUAUGAACCCGAGAAAAUUGUUCAUCGUUUGAAAGAGCGUCGCCGGGUGGCGGAAUUAAUGGAAAUCUCCAUGCAUGACCUUUCAGAGGAAGAUGAUAUGGCACAGAGAGUCUAUCUUGUCAAUGCACUUAUUGGACUCGGACGUGUUGUGAAAGUACCGUCUGAAAGGGCUAAACCCGAGAAACAAGCCGAGUGUGCCACCAACAACGACCAAAACUCGUUCCCAAAAGAGCCAUAUCGGGCAGAAUAUCGGGCAGAAACGGAGCCUUCUUCAUCACCGGAACCUCGAGAUUGCCCCAUAUCGCUCACCAAUCGACACUGCCUCUUCUGCAUUUUCAAACCGGAAUAUCAGUGCUACUUUGCCUCGCCCCGAAAAGCACGAGAACAUUUCGAAAAACAUCUUCGAAAAUACAAGCGAACUGAGCCCAUACUCUGUCCGGAUGAAUUUUGUCAGCUUGUUUUGAAUGGACACAAAGCACUCAAACGCCACGCAGAAAAAAUUCACCAUGUUCGUUAUUUCACAGAUGCCCAACGAAUUCAGGCAGGUUUCUAG